AUGGUUGUCGGCCUUAGGGUCCAUUCCAAAGCCACCGUCGUGACACUUGAAGUCUGUGGAAAGCGGAAAAAGACGUCGGAAGCAUGGCAGCGAAAUCUGACCAACCGACCAACGUUUCUAUCCUCGUCGUCCGUUUUUUUGCCUUCCCUGCGACGAUCGGCCAAAAAAGGCACCACGGUGCGAGACGGCGACAAGAAGCUGACGAGAAGUCGCGCAAAUCGAGGAGACUUUCGGGCCAUUUGCAUAGUUUGCGUCUACAGAGAAGACAAUGGGUUCGGAAACAUCUCGCCCUUUAGCAAGUUCAUCCGUUUUUUGUUCCGGCGGAGGGAGGGACUCCUCUUAUCGGGAGAACGUCUGUCUUCAGGCUCGUCAGUUUUGGCGCCCACAAAGAAAGGACCACCCACGACUUCUGGAGAGAGGUCCAACCUCUUCUUAAGAAGAAGCCCGCCUUUCCGUUCCUCGCGCCGCUGUGUCACUUGACUUUCGCCGCUUCUUCUUUGACGGUGUCGGCUUUUCUUACUUUCUUCAGACUUCUUUUCUGAAUUUGAACUUUUCGAAAAGUUCCUUUUUUGAUCUAGAGCUACUCAGUAUCUUUAACCUUUCCCUUGGAAUAAGGAGACAACUUUUAAUAAGACUUUGAACGCUUACUUUAACUUCUGUCUUGGAUUUCCACAUUAAAAAAAAAUUUCGCUUAGGACAUAGGAAAUUUCUUUUUCACCCCCUUAUUCAUCAAGACUACUUAGUUGAGAGAUUUGAUUACUUCCCCAAACUGAGUCCAAACUUAAUCAAAAAAUUCUGUUUCUGAAGAAAUUUCAAGCCUCUCUUAUAAACCUCAACUUUCAUUUUUAAUUCACUUUCUUAUUGAUAGAAAACUCAACAUAUUAUUCAAAAAUAAUCAACUCUAUUGAUACUUCUUCGAGAUUCCUUCUUCGAGAUCUCUUUUUCUCGCCAAGUUUGUUUCAAUUUCUCCCACUAAUACCAUUUUUGCUUCAAUAUUUUCAACAAAAAAGUUUAACAACUUCAUUAAUUUAUUCCAAAAAUCUACCAAAUCUAAUUCUUCUCUGACUUUCAUUGAACUCUUUGAACUUCUGAUAGAAAAAGCUUGACACUUCCUCAUCCUUGAAAACCCACUUGAUGAAAGAAGCUAACCUUGAGACGUUACUUGCUUCUUGGAGUGUGAAAACUUUUCGACCUUUUCUUUCAGCUUCUCUCCUGAAUGUCAUCUCUAUUUCUUUCUUUUUGGAAUUUUCUUACUUUUCCAGGAUGCGAGCGUUGAUACUCCUCGCCCUCACGGCAGUUGUCGCAGCUCAUCAACGCAAUAGGGUAAGUCAUCAUUCGGAUUUCCUCCUAUACUUCAGGCUUUUUGUUCUUAUUUCCAGUUUAUAAUGUCCUAUUAUUCACAUUUCAAAUUGCUCCUUUUCCGAAUUGAAUCAAAAUUAAGCUGGAAAAAAUCACACAUAAACAUGAAUUUUUUUGGUGGUGAAAAUAUUCAAAAAAAGUUUUCCUGUUUCCUAUGCUCUAAUCGCAUUGUCAAUGAUUAAAUAUUAUUAUUUUAAAGGUCAUGAAAAUCAUAUUCUUUUUUAUUUCGAUAUGGUCAUGCAAGCUCUGGUAAAUUAUUCCUUCCAAAAGAAAAUUUUUGAAGCCAAAGUUCUCUCUUUUUCUUUCGGAAUUAAUCAAAACUCAAUGGAUGACACCUUUCAGACCUCGUGUUUCCACUACCUGUCGUGUUUGGAAACAGUCCAGAGCAACUUCAAACGAUGUGCCGGCGGCACGGGUAUAUCUUUAACACUGGAGAGCAAGGACGUCAACAUUCGAGACCUCGUCAAGUACAGAGCUCUGGAGUUUGUCGGUUGCCAAGGUUGAUCUCCAACGCCUGAAAAAUAACAAACAUCAACAAACUGCAGACCGAAUUCUGAAAGAGAUCAUCGACUUCGAGUCUCUGCAGGUUCUGGUGAAUGAGGACGGUCGUGAGUGCUUUGAAAAGAUCCCAGAAAGCUCUCGGCGGCAGGAAACUGUUCGUUUUGAGUUUCUUAAAAAGCUUCAAUCGAUAUCUUUUUUCAGUUCUCGGACAGCUGCGAUUUCGUGGCGCCGACGCAGAAGAACGACUCGCACGGGGACGCGUUCCAAUGUCUCGUCGACUUCAAACAAGACAGAGAGUACUGCGAGACGCUCCUCGAGUGCUGUCCCGACCAUUCCCGGUUUGUUGGAGAAGCCGAAGCUUCAAAAAACAAGUUUCCUUAACAACCCAUCUUGUAGAGGGACAUGACCCUUGAAGCAUGCGUUUUAAGAUGAAAAUUAAUAAAAUAUUACAGCUUUUUUUCAGGUUCUCAAAUAUUUACGGAAAAUUGCACAAAAAUUUAUUUUUUCCAAGAAAUAUUAACUAUAAAUGUGUGUCAAGACCCCAAAAGUCUGCAAAACCGUAAUCUACUUUUCACCGAACCCCAUUUUAAGAUGCGGAGAACGUAUGAACGCCGUCUCAAUGGCUUAUCAGAACGCUCGUGUCAAAGGUUAGUAUUCUGCGAUAUUAGAGAAAAAAAAUGUCAACAUGCAGCCCAACAAAUCGUGGCGAACAUGUUGUCGUGCAUCGUCUCCAACGACCCUCGCUUCACUCGCGAAGGAAACCGUCUGCAAGCGCUGCGAGACCCUUACCGUAACGCCGGAGUUCCAUUCCUUCGUCCCGAUAAAUACACUGGUACCUCUGUUCCUUAAUCAAACUUCUAAAAUCCCUUUUUUUUCAGAAGACCGAAUCAUCCGUCGCCUGGCGUUGACUUCAACGGACGCCCUGGAGCAGCGCAAGGAGCGUUUCUCCCAGAAAUACACACAGAUCCGCCAGCUUCUGGCCCAGCAACUCGUCGACCAGUACACCACCACCUCGAAGUUCAGCGCUGUUCAAGAAGAAACCACUGAAGCUCCAACGACCCCAAGCAGUUCAGUUGAAACAACCGAAGCGCCUUCUGAAACUGUCGACAUCGUUGUCGAGAGCACGGCCAAGGAUGGUAGCGCUCCAGAAGAGGUGCUUCAAGAGAGCUCGAAGACCGAGGAGGCGGAAGGAGAGAAAAAGAAGGAGCUCAAGGUUGAAGGAACCUUUGGAAAGAACAGCGAAGAAGACGUCGCGACUGAGAAGAAAGAAGUCGAACUUGACGCUGUCAAGCGAGUUGCUAUCGUCAGAAAUCUCAUCAGGUUUGACUCAAUCUGAUAAUUAUUAGUUAUUGAUACUUCCUCAGAACUGCUUCGGACAAGGACCUCUCCAAGUACGUCGCCCUCAUCGCCGAAGGAAACUUCGCUGAGCUUUUCGCCUUGGCAGCCGAGAGAGAAAAGAUCCACGCCUCGAUCGAUGAAGAAACGAGCGAAAAAAUGAAGAAGAUCAGGUAUUGGCAAACUUCAAAACAAAAAUAGUCUUCUUGAUUAAUUUCACAGAGAUGCCAUCAAUGAGACACUUGGUAAGAAAUCUGAAAUCGGAGAUAUUUCUGAGGAAAACGUGAAGAUUGUGGCCAGAAGUCUUAGCGAAAAGGUGAGAUUUGGUUUGAGUUGUGCAUCGAAAAAAUGAUUUCAGGAUGAAGCGACUGAGCACAAAAUCGUGGAGGCUGAAACUGUAGAGAAGGUUGAGCCAGAAAAGACCGAAGAAUUCGAGAAGAAGGAGGAAAAGAAGAGUGACAAGAAGGAGAAGAAGAAGGAAGAGAAGAAAGAAGAAGAAAAGAAAGAAGAAAAGAAAGAGGAAAAGAAAGAGGAAAAAGCUGAGAAAAAAGAAAAAGUGAUCGACGAAGAGAAAAAGGAGAAAUCCGAAAAGAAGUCGGAGACGACGACUCCAGAAAGCGAAACUACAGUGACGCGACCAUUGCCAAUGCUCCUGACCCUCGAUUCCUUGACCAGCAAGACGCCGUCGCCGAAGAAGACCGCCAAGAAUAUGUUGCCAGAAUCGCGACUCGCCCAUACCCUUAUCGAUCGCACUCUCAUGGUUCCCGAAACCACUAACGACGCCAAGAAGGCCAAGGAAGCCAAAGAAUCCAUCAACGUCGUCGACAAGGACCUCGAAGCCAAGCCAUCUGUUGACGUCGCUGAGAAGCCAAAGGUGAAACUUGCCGAAGAGGAGAAGUUCGAGAAGACACCUCAGAUGGAAGACAAAGACCGAGUUCUGCUGGUGGAAGAUGAAAUCAAGGCCGUCGCCGACAAGCACAAGAAGGUCGAUGGAGCUGUUGAAGCCGAGGAGGAGCACAACGGACCUGCGAUCGAAGACCUGCCACAGCUGAGCGCUGAGACCUCCACUGAGAAAAACGAAGAAGCCGUUGAGAAGAGCGAAGUCACCACCGUCGCCACCGAAACCGUUCCCAAGAAGACCGUCAUCGACCACGAGUCCGAGAAGCUCAUGAGCAAGAUUGUCGACGAGAUGAAGAAGUCUGAAGAGAAGACCGAAGAGAAAAAACCAGGUAAGAAAUAUCUCAGAUAUUCUUGUACAUCUGAUCUCAGGAAUAGAUGAAGAUGUGACGAAGCCAAAGACGAUUCUCGUCGGAUCAGACGAAGACGUGCCAUUGAGCUCCUCCACUACUACCACCGUCACUGAAGUCGAAAGCAGUGGUGAGACUGAAACCACUGAAGCUGUCACCACAACUGAGACCACGACGACUGUCGCUUCGGAGGUGAUCGAUCAGGUAGGGUUGUACAAUAGACUCUGAACACGACGGAAGUUAAAGGUGAAGCAGAUCCGACCAAGAAAAGAACAGAACCACUGCCAAACCUACUCUUCGUGUUGGCAGACACUCAAUGACUAUGAACAGCAGUGCGACCGAAAAUACUCCACCGAGGUCUUGAGCCAUGGUAGAAGAACGAAAAGGGAAAAACAUGCUAGAAAUCGUGAAUUAAGGAAUCGAAGACACCCAAAUUUUGAGCAUCCUCACCAACAGCUCCAUUUCCCACCACGAGAUCGUGCUCAAAGCGUGUCUCAGACCACUUGACCGCUCCGCUCACGCUACAGUAACCAAAAAAUGAUGAUAAGUUAAAAGAACCAUUUUCAGUUGAAACAACUGCUCGUGAUCCAAAGAGGAGUCCGCAAGGCUUGUCUGGACCUUGGCCGGAACAAAAUCGCCGUCACCGACCAGGAAGAAGCUCUGUGCAGCGCCGAACAGCCCAGCACGCAGUCCAUCGACGAGUUCUUCGCCAAGGAGCACGCUAGAUCCCAGGUUGGCUGUUUUCUGAAAAUUAGAAGGCUAAAGAGAAGGAUUUCUAGUCGAACCACUUCACCUGUCGCGCCAAGCUUGAGCCAAUCCGGGAGGCCUGCCAAUCGGUCCGAAACUGCUGCGCCAGCGUCGACACGUGAUUAUCAUCUCUUUUUAUCGAAAAAGAAGGGGAUUUCAGCUGCGAUAACUACAUCGCGAGCUCCCCCGUGAAGAAAAUGGAGACGGAAGCCGUCCGGAGGCUCGUCAAACGACAGAACGAAUGCGAGCAGAAGAUGCUCCAAACUCUCACCUACAUCCAUCAGCAGCUGUCGAGCCGCCGACGCCGUUAUCACUAA